GAUUGUUCAGAGCUGGCGACGCACCUGCGGGAGGGUCCAGGUGAGAGGGGAAUUGGGACACAAGGCAAGUGGACGGACCAAAAGGGGUUUUUCCCAGAGCGUCGGUAGAAGCAGCAACAGCACCACAGGUGAACUGCAAGGAUCUUAUCUGAAAAUGGAAUUUGAUAAUAUAAAGUCCUCAGCCGCACUCAUUUAUGAUGAGUUCAUCCAAAAUGCAGACUCGCGGACGGGGAACUGGUUCCUUAUGUCGUCUCCGCUCCCCCAAACGAUCAUCAUUGCAGCGUACAUUUACUUUGUCACAUCGCUGGGGCCUCGGAUAAUGGAGAACCGCAAAGCCUUUGACCUCAAAGGAGUUCUCAUUGUCUACAACUUCAGUGUGGUUGCGCUCUCUCUCUACAUGUGCUACGAGUUUGUGAUGUCAGGAUGGGGCACAGGAUACUCUUUUCACUGUGACCUGGUUGACUACUCUGAUUCCCCACAGGCCAUGAGGAUGGCAGCAACGUGCUGGCUUUACUACUUCUCAAAGUUCAUUGAGAUGCUGGACACAAUCUUCUUUGUCCUGAGGAAGAAGAACAGCCAGGUGACGUUUCUUCAUGUAUACCACCACUCCAUCAUGCCCUUCACCUGGUGGUUUGGCGUUCGUUUUGCUCCAGGUGGUCUAGGGACAUUCCACGCCCUGCUUAACUGCGUCGUCCAUGUUAUCAUGUACUCGUACUACGGCAUGACUGCCAUGGGCCCCAGCUACCAGAAGUACCUGUGGUGGAAGAAAUACCUCACUACCAUUCAGCUGAUCCAGUUUGUUAUGGUGACCAGCCACAUCUCCCAGUAUUUCUUCAUGAAGGACUGUCCCUACCAGUUCCCCAUCUUUGUCUACAUCAUCGGCCUGUAUGGCCUGAUUUUCCUGUUCCUCUUCCUCAACUUCUGGUACCACGCCUACACCAAGGGCAAGAGGCUGCCUAAAGUGCUGCAGGCUCAGACAUGGGCACACCACACCAACGGAGUUAUGAAUGGAAACGCCAGUCAUGAGAAAGAUGAGUGACGCACGACUUGGCUGGUCAGGGGGUUUUGGGGUUGACCUCAUUUACGUAAGCAAACCACUUUGGUAGUUGAGAUUCAAGCCCAAGUUGUUUAGUGUCUGUUUUGUGUGGGUUUUUUUUUUUUUUUUUUUUUUUUUUUUAAAAGGCUUUUCUACUUGCGAUCGCAAAAGACAAUCUUUAAAUUAUGACCAAAGCUAUAUUUAAGACAUAAGCUGAGGGGUUUAAUUUUAUUGUUUACACUGAAGGGUAAAGCCUGAAGUUUAAAAAAAAAAAAAACAACCCCCCCCCAAAAAAAAAA